GGAGCAUGGGAUAUGGAGAGAAUUGGAAGCUUCCCCGCCCCAACCUCAACCAUCUGGAUCUAAGCGUAAAGGUGCAAUCGAUGAUCGAUAGAAUCAGCCUGUUGACCGGUCAGGGUUCUGGAGGUAUCUCGCUGUAUGCAGGGUGUCAUGUCAUAUCAAGGAUGAACGAAGGGUAGUGGGGUGGUCAGGUGCCGAUGAUUGCCGACACAGCUGCAAAAUGCCACCGAUACCUUGUGUCAUAAGAGUUGGGGUUAUGGCGUUGA